UACUCCAACAACAAAACCAAAAAAUACCAAAUUGUUGAAGAAUGGAUUAUUCAUCAUGGGAUGAGCUUCUUUUUCAGCACAAUUCUCUUCCAUUUAACGUUAAUGACACUGAAGACAUGCUCCUUUUUAAUCUUGUGGCUGAGGGAUCAUCGCAAGAAACAACAAACUCAUCCUCUAGCUCUGGCAUCAAGGAAGAAGAGGUCACUUCUUGGGAAGAAAAAACCGAAAAGGAAAAGAAUUAUAGAGGUGUGAGAAAGAGGCCAUGGGGGAAAUUUGCUGCUGAAAUUCGGGAUUCUACGAGGAAGGGUGUUCGUGUAUGGCUUGGUACUUUUGAUAAUGCUGAAGAUGCUGCGUUGGCUUAUGAUCAAGCUUCAUUUGCUAUGAGGGGUUCCAUGGCGAUACUAAAUUUUCCUGUGGAGAUAGUGAAAAAGUCUUUAAGUGAAAUGAAGUGUAGAUUUGACGGGAAUUGUUCGCCCGUGAUUGAAUUGAAGAAGAGACAUUCUAUGAGGAGAAACAGUGUGAGUAGAAGAAACAGAGCAAGAAAAGAUAUUGUGGUGUUUGAAGAUUUGGGUGCUGAGUAUUUGGAGGAAUUAUUGACUUCUUCAGAAAGUAUUACAAAUUACUGAUUUCUCACCCUGCUCUGUCUAGAUAAUCUUGAAUUAGACAUUUUUCUUUUUCUUUUUUAAAAAGAGGAGAAGGUUACAAGGUGGUGAAUCGAACUCUCACCAAUAAGGUAAUAGUUCAGAUCAGUCAAUUAACUGAGCUACUAAGAUUUCAAGCCUUAAUUUGUUUGUUUCAUCG